GGCAACGCGGCUUUUUCCGCGGGCCAGUUUACUGAGGCGGUGGAGCACUUCACUGCCGCCAUUGCCGUGGACCCCGGCAACCACGUCUUGUAUUCCAACCGCUCCGCGGCCUACUCCUCCAUGAGCCAGUACCAGCAGGCGCUGGGGGAUGCCCAGAAGGUGGUGGAGCUGAAGCCGGACUGGCCCAAGGGCUACUCCCGGCUGGGAGCUGCCCACUUUGGGCUGCGCCAGUGGGACGAGGCCGUGGAGGCCUACACCAAGGGU